GACUUGACUUCUCUCUCUCUCUCUCAUGCCAAACCAAAACCCUGUUGUUUCAAAUUUUCCAUCUUUUAGAAUGUAAUUCAAGCGUAGCAGCGCCCUCCCCGUCCAUGAUUUUUCCGAUUGUCGGAAGCCGAAGCCCUAGUUUUUGUUCUCACCCAUUUGUCGAUACUGCUUAUCAAGCCAUCAAGCCAUUUCCUUCAUAUAUAUAUAUAUAUUUGAGUCUGUCUCUCUCUCUCUCUCUCGCCAGUGUUUACUUUGUUGUUCAAUCUCGAUUAUGGAGGUGUUUAUCUGGAAACUCAAUUGCAUCGUGGUUUGAUUUAUUCGUAAUUUAACAUCCCUUUCUUUCUAUUUGGUUGUUAAUAUAAAGGAUUGAAUCAGGUGUCAAUUGACUCUGAGCUUCCUAUGCUAGAAUAAGGGUUUUGAGUCAGAAAAAUUGAGCUAUCUCGAGUCUAAUCAAUGGAAAGCGCAAACGUUUCCGAUCGAAUGGAUCUCAGGGACCCUUUACUGGAAGCCGCAUCUGUCACCCACCGUACUGCGAAAGCUGAUUCUCACAAGACACGGAAUAAGGAAUUUGGAUAUGGAUUUGAAGCAGGCGAUCGCAGGCUUGUCUUUUCGCGGCAAUCCUCGUUCCACCAAGCGCACGAACCUCGCACACCAGUUUCGAUUAUUUCCAAUGACAAAGCUAAGCCUUGGCUCUCUCGGAGUGUGUCGAGUAUUGAUAUUCCACCAGCGAUUGAUCCGUUAGAGGAAUAUGAGAAAUUUACUGGGGAAGAGAAAAGUUCCACUGAAAAAAUUUCGGCAUUUUGGCUUGUGACAUCUGCUUUUCGGCUAAUUCGGUCUGGAAACAGGCCUAUGAAGAGGUUGUUUAUAUUGAUUUCACUCAACGUGGCUUACUCCACUGCAGAAUUAUUUAUAGGCCUUCUCUCAGGGCGAGUAGGUUUGGUCUCGGAUGCAUUUCAUUUGACAUUUGGCUGUGGCCUGCUUACUUUUUCAUUAUUCGCCAUGGCUGCCUCUAGGCGAAAGCCUGAUUGUGCCUACACUUAUGGGUACAAAAGGCUAGAAGUUUUGUCUGCUUUCACUAAUGCUCUGUUUCUAUUGUUUAUGUCAUUCUCCUUAGCUGUGGAAGCACUUCAUGCAUUCAUACAAGAUGAAUCAGAGCACAAGCAUUACUUGAUUGUUUCGGCUGUGACAAAUUUAUUGGUGAACCUUAUUGGCGUUUGGUUCUUCAGGAACUAUGCUCGCAUUAACCUUGUCUAUCAAAAAGCAGAAGAUAUGAACUACCAUUCCGUUUGCUUGCAUGUUCUUGCAGAUUCUAUUCGCAGUGCAGGUUUGAUCUUGGCAUCUUGGUUUUUGUCCCUAGGGGUUAAGAAUGCUGAGGUUUUGUGCUUAGGGCUAGUUUCAGUUGCAGUCUUCAUGCUUGUCAUGCCACUUUUUAGGGUGACUGGCAGCAUCCUUCUCCAAAUGGCACCACCCGGCAUUCCAUCUUCGGCAUUGAGUAAAUGCUGGAGACAGAUUGCUGCUCAUGAAGAUGUCUCAGAAGUGUCUCAAGCUCGGUUUUGGGAAUUGGUGCCUGGAUAUGUUGUUGGAUCACUCUCAUUACAGGUGAAGAAAGGAAUAGACGAUCGGCUGAUACUGCAGUAUGUGCAUGGUUUGUACCACGAUUUGGGAGUGCAGGAUUUGACUGUGCAAACCGACUAUGCCUGAACUUCAAUCUCCCUUUCCUUCUACCUUGUGGGGGCUGACUGAUGACAAGAGGUUUAGGCUUGGUUUCACAAUUUGGCUUUGCUCUCACAUUGGCAGCACAGAAGUGUAUUAUUUAUUUGCAAAGAACUUUCUGCUUCCUAACAGGCGAAAAUAUUAUGAUUUGCUGCUGUUAUGCUAUAUUUAUGUUCUUUAUAAUGAAGAAAUAUAUGAUUUCGAUA